CCCGGAUGACACAUACCGGAAGUCUCCGUGAAGGAAGCUCGAGUGUUUGCAAAGAACUGUGCUCGACGUACCCCGCGAAUUUUCACGCUAAAGGGUGAACCUGUGUUCUUUAGUUGCUAUAAUCACUGUUUUUUACGCUCUGCUGUAGUAUUUUAGUGUCUAUCUCUGCCUCUGGGAUAAAAUAGUAACCUAGAUUAACUGUCCGGAAGAGCAGCGUAACAUGAAACUACAGCCGGUGAAUUCCCGUAAGUGAUUACUUCCACUAUCGAAAUUAAAUGAAUCACGUGUAGUUGGAUAGAUUUAGUCUUGUGAGUAACAGUGUGAGCUUUAACCUCGCUUUAUAAACCGUGGGACCUUAUCUCUAGCUGCACUUCCGCGUCUUCGGCUACGAAUGGAUCUCCACUGAUGUCAUUUUUAGGACAGCUGUAUAUUUUCAGCAGAGUUUCAGAAGCCAUUUAGUGACAUUAGGCUUUAUUGCUCGUUGGGACAUUUACGCUCUUGGUUCGCACCAAGGCAUGAAGAGGAAAGCGAAAGUCAUGGGUGCAAGUCACAGCAGUGAUUCAGCGAGCUCAAGUGCUGGCGUGAGCUACCCUGGGUAUAAAGCUGCAGCACAGCAGGGAGCCUCAGCCCAAGAGUUCUUCCCCGUUCCUCUGGAGAUCCUGGAGGAAAUCUUCCUGCACGUUCCUCCCAAUCAGGUGGUUUGUGUUUGUCGGCUGGUGUGCCAGCAGUGGAAAGAAGUGGCUGACAGUGAAUCUUUGUGGAGAGAAAGAUGUAGAAGAGAAGGAUACAGCCUCCGCGAUUGUUCCAAAAUACCGCAAGACUGGAGGUUGUUUUACUUCUUACGCAAGAAGAGAAGGAAUCUUCUCAAGAAUACAAGAGGAGAAGAAAAAAUGAAGGGUUGGAUUAUAAAGCAGAAUGGUGGUGAUGGGUGGAGAGCAGAGGGUGUUAUGGUGCCACAUUCAAAUGAAGUAGUCAAGAAAAACUUUGUGACCUCUUAUGGAAUGUGCACAAAGGAGCAGCAGAUCGAUUUGGAGAAGGAAGGUUACAGCCCAGCCUUUAUGGAUCGCUUCCAACCAGUCAUCAAAAUAUCUGACUGGUAUGCUCCACGAUGGGAUUGUGGAUGUGAAUAUUUGAUUGUUGUGCAGCUGCUGAAUGCAAAGAAGCAGGUUGUCCAAUCCUUUACUCCCGAGAUUAUUAGCUUUCAGCAGUGGAAUGAUCAGCAGUGGAAACAGAUGAUCCAUGUUUUCCGGGACUAUGGACCGGGAGUCAGAUACAUCCAUUUUCUCCAUGGCGGCAAGGACACACAGUUCUGGGCUGGAUGGUAUGGAAUACGUGUCACAGACAGCAGCAUUGAGAUAUGUCCAGCAGUGGAUGUUGAGCCGCAGGCCGGUGUCCCCGUGAACUUGCCUAGAGAGAAUUCCAAUCCUGACUGCUGCGGAAGUAGAACCAGAUUUUCCCAAAAAAAAGUCGCUGGAGAUAAGUAGGGUUUGAUGCAAAGGGUUUAAUAACACACAAGGUCUGACAAAAACACAAGAAAUCAUUUAAGUGUCACUGUAUGUUUGCCUUAAGCCAGUGAGUCAGCAAAGCCCACAGCAGCAAGAGAGACAAAAGACAAAGACUCCUGGGUUCAUCCAUAGGUUGGAUAAGAUUUCCCUACCCCUAACAGACCUCUUUCUUGAACUUCUAACAUAAAGCAUACAGUGUAUCAAUCCAGUAUAAAUAUGACCACUCUUCCUACUAAUAAAAGAUACUAUAAAUGAGCACUAUAACUAUAACUAUCAUAGUUCUAACAGGCUAUAGACAUGUAGCCUAAUUUCACAUUAUUUUAUUACAUCUUAUUUACCAUCCAUUGUUUCCAAAGUAAUUAUUAAUCUAUGUGUACAAGGUUUGUCAUAAAAAGUUUUUUUUUUCUUUUUAAAUGGCUCAAACAAAGAACCUUGAAAAAAAAAAGUAUGUAUUCUAUCUGUCUGCUUGUCUGUCUGUCUAUAAAAAUAUAAUAUAAAUAAAAACUCAUGACACGUUUUGGAGUGAUGAGAUCUGAAAAGUUUUGACAUAUAUACAUGGUGAAACUGAAGUUAUUUUUUUAAUGUGUACAUUUACUCGCUUGUCUGGAAGGCAGGAUGUCUUAGUCCACAUUAUUGCCUCAAUGAUCCAGGUUGUUUUUGCAACCUAACACAUUUGCCUUAAACAUAAUUGUGUUUCUUACUUUUCACUUUGUAGUGUGAGAAUUGAAUAUAAUUAACCACGUGCUUCAGAAGCCCACGUUAAAGCUAUAUUGUAUAGAUCAUGAAAUUUGUAAAAAGGAAGUAAAUUAUUUUGUGUCAUCCAAGUGCAAAUCUAUACAGGCUUCUAGAAAAGUACAAGAAACCUUUAAAACCUUCCUCAUCUUCCCCACAGUGACUAAAACGCCACGACCAGUGAAAUUUACUAUAAAAUCUCUAACAUGACCACAGGUUCAUUGUUAAUUAUCCCCACACACGAGCCAUUACAAUCCCUGAAACGACUGCAGCUUUGCUCUCAGGCUCUUUUGUAUCUGACUUUUCUUUUUCCUUCAUAUUCUUCAAAGUAAGGGUAAGAACAUAUUUGCAGUUACAUGAAGGUAUCAGUGGGUGAUCUCAUUAUUUGUGGCAACAAUUCCAGAAUAACUGGUACAACUUUGUCAGUGGCUGACCUCUCACAUUGCAGGGGAGAGGUCUGAAUUCUGAUCUAAUCUUUUAGCGCUAUUAUUUGACUCACCAGCACUAGAACUAUUUGUUUGCAUUGACCUGGAAUGCAUUAUUUAUGCUAAAAAUUUGUAAUGGAUGUUAUUGCUGAUGAACCUGUUUUGACAAAUCUGUUUCAAAUGUAUGUGUAAAUAUAUGCAGAGUCUUAAGUUUGAACCAUCCAAUCACAUGACAUCAUGAAAUUUUAAAAGUAAGAUUUAAUG